AUGGAGGAUUGUCAGUUUUCUCCUGCUGCUAAUAUUGGGGUACAAGACAAGGGAAGUGGGGUUAGGUGUAAUGAGUCGCCUUGUGAUGAUAACAGGGGUGAAAUUUUUCCAUGUGUUGAGACAGAAGAGACUGAUGAGGGUAGUAAUCAAGAUACGGGUGUCGUUGAACCACCUAAGGUCGGCAUGAUUUUUACGAGUUGGAAAGCGGUAGAAGCAUACUACAAACAAUAUACGGAGCAGCAGGGUUUUGGUGUUAGUCGGGUACAGGGUGUGCUUUCCAAGAAAGAGGGGAGGAGAGAACGCAUAUCCAUAACUUGGAGGUGUGAGUGUUAUGGGAGACCCGAUAUGAGGGCGCAAAGGGAAGCCAAAAAAAGGGCAAAGGAGAUGGGUAUGAGUGGUUCUGGAGGUGUAGUAGGUGGUGUGGUGGUAGAGGAUGAAUUGAGUCGUAGUAAAAGGCGUUCCAAAAAGUGUGAAUGUAAAGCUAAGGUGUAUGCAAGUGUCGAUCGAGCUGGAAAAUGGGUAAUAAAGCGUGUAGAGUUAGAACAUUCGGGUCACACACCAAAGCCAGAGGAUUCGAAGCUUGUGAAGGAAUACCGGAUGAAGGGCUUGACCCCUAAUGUGAAGAGGACCUUGAUCCAUUAUUAUGAUGUAGGAGUUCCUGUUUCCCAAAUUCUUGGCUGCCUUGGGUCUGAGGUUUGUGGGAGUAGUGGGGUGUCAUACACUGUAAAAGAUCUUGAACACGAGGUGUAUAAGAGCAAAAGGUUAAAAAUGAUAGGUAGUGACUCAUGCGCAAUGAUGUCAUAUCUUCAACAAAUGCAAGCGGGGACUCAAAAUUUUUUCCAUGCUGUACGAUUAGAUGAUGAUGGAAGGUUAAAAGAUGUGAUUUGGGCGGAUGGUCGUAGUCGGGCAGCGUACGAAGAAUUUGGCGAUGUCGUAUGCUUUGAUGCAACCUAUUCGACAAAUGUGUAUGAUUUCCCGUUUCUCAACUUUGUGGGUGUUAAUCACCAUGGCCAGUCAAUCCUGCUAGGUUGUGCUUUGGUAACCAAUGAGGAUUGUGACACAUAUAAUUUGGUGUUUAAGCAGUGGCUGGAGUGUAUGAAUGAUGUAGCUCCUAAAGCAAUCCUCACAGAUCAAGCUGCUGCCAUGCGUAGGUCGUUAGAGGAGGUGAUGCCCAAUACAAGACAUCGAUGGUGUAUUUGGCACAUAAUGAGAAAGAUUCCAGAAAAACUUGGCAAAUGCGACAGAUACCAAGAAUUCAAGAGUAAGUUAAAGGCAACUGUGUACGAGAGCUGUACAAUACAAGAGUUUGAGACUCGGUGGUGUGCUCUUGUUGACAUGUAUAAGCUGGGGAAAAAUGAUUGGCUUAUAAGCCUCUAUAAGGAACAUCAUAUGUGGGUUCCGACUUUCAUGAAACAAUACUUUUGGGCUGGUAUGAAGACAACCCAACGCGUUGAGAGUAUUAAUAGUUUUUUCGAUGGAUUUGUCAAUCGACAUACAAAAUUGUAUGAAUUUCCGAAUAAAUAUGCAAAAGCCAUGUUGAAGCGUGUUCGUGACGAGGUAGAAGCUGAUGCGAAAUGUUCAAAGUACAUUAGAAGAGUUGUGACUGGUUUUGCGGUGGAAAAGCUUUUCCAAAUACUCUAUACCGACACUAAGUUCCAAGAAGUGCAAACAGAGUGUUCCCGAAUCAUGUACUGUUAUCCUAGGGAAGAGAACAAAAUAUCUGAUACUUUAAUGCAGUACGUGUUGGAAGACCGGGUCUGGGUAGUUCCUGAAGGCAGGAGUGAAGAAGUUUUGACUAAUAGGCGCAGGUUGUAUUCUGCUACAUACAACUUAGACACAAAAGUUGUAUGUUGUGAUUGCUCAAAAUUUGAAACAUCUGGAAUUAUGUGUAGGCACACAAUAAGGAUUCUUGACUUGAACAAUGUUGUGGACAUCCCUGAAAGAUACAUCUUGAAUCGGUGGCUUAAGGACAUCAUGAGGAAGCAUACACACGUUAAGGUUUCUUAUCAUGACCCCAGCAAGACGGUCAAGGUGAAAAGGCAUAACAAACUCAUGGGAGUGUUUGGACCUAUAUGUGAAGAGGCUGCGAUGGUAGAUGACUCCACAGUUGAGUUAGUAUUGAACAGAUUAGAGAGCUUAAAAACCGUAGUUCGCAAGUGUAGUAAGCGGAAGCUGGACCAAACUGUUCCCCGUUGUAGUCCAGAUGAAGGUGCAGAAAUAAUUGACCUGUCUUCUGAUUUUCCCCAAACACACAGCGGUUUAAUUGAGUCCAGCAGUGGACCUGCAGUGAAAGACCCACUCCCUAAGAAGAAGGGUCGUGGAAGGCCAAAGGGAUCGAGGAAUAAAGGACUCGCAGAAGUAGGCUAUAAGAAACAAACUUCCAAGAAGCGAACUUCCAACAAGAGCUCAGAAGAGCCAGUCCCUACGAAGAGGUGUCGUGGUAGGCCCAAGAAAUCAAGUAAAAAAGCAUCGGAUGAAGUUGUGAACCUAAGCCGAACAUCCAAGAAGCGAACUGCACCCGUGAGAAAACCACAAGAGGCCACGGAAACAACUUAG